AUGACUUUGAAGAGGAUUCCUCCUUCUCCGGCUCAAUCCUCAGACGGACAGCUCCCUCAGUCCUUUGACUCCGGGAUCUAUCAGAGCUACCCCAUCAUGUCUGAAGACAUGGGUCAGUCAAUGCAAUAUGGCUCGCCACCACAAUACUACCAGCACUCUGGCAGCUUUUCCAACAUGCCUUCUCACUCGAUGAUGAUGUCUGAUCCUGCCAUGACGCCUCCUCCAACUGGCGAUGAGGGCUCCCCCUUCAUGGAGUCUCCUUCUCUCAGCUCAUCGGGCUCUCCUCCACAGCGUGUGCCGGCCUACCGUGCUCGCGUGAAUGGAACCCCACGGGUCAAGAGGAAGCAAGUCCGGCGCCAGAAGAACCGCAAGGAUUCCGACAUUGGCUUCAAGCUGGAUGGUCCCAUCAGUCAAUUGACCGAAAGUUUCCACACCACCCCCAUCCGUGACAUGGUCGCUUGGGUGAACCGAUCUACUGAGGAGCGCCACCAGGAAGUCCGCAACAAGAACGGAAAGAUCUCUCGACCCAUGAAUGCUUACAUGCUGUAUCGUUCGGCAUACACUGCGCGCACCAAGCUUCUUGUUGGCGCCAACAACCACCAGAUUGUUUCCAAGGUCACUGGUCUUGGCUGGCACAUGGAGCCUGCUGAGAUCCGCAGGAAAUAUAACGAGUUGGCUCGAAUUGAGCGAGACAACCACGCUGCCACACAUCCCGACUACAAGUUCGCUCCGCUGAAGAAUGGCGCCGCCAACCGUCGUGACAGUGCCCUUUCCUCCGCCAUGCCAUCACACCUCACCGACGAGAGUGGCUUCUCUGACCUGGACAGCGACUUUGGUGGAUCCAUCUGCGCACCCCGACCCCUCUACAGUAGCCACUCGCGCUCAAACAGCUUCGGCGACUCCUACUACCCUGCCAGCAGGGGCUCAUCUCCUUUCGACGGACCCGACAUGAUGAUCCCCAACUAUAUCCAGCCGAACUCGCACUGGUCUAACACCAGCCACCCGGCCGGCAUGUCCACGAUGCACCCUAGCAGCCUACCAACUGUCUCCAAGGUAGAGGACAUUUCCUUUGGCCCCGUAAGCCCACCCCAAAAUGUCAACUACGACUCUGCCCUUGCUGGACUCCCCGGUGGAACUCACCACGAGCUCCUCCAGCCCUCCCAACUAUCAAUGAUGAGCGGUUUGCCCCUCGAGGACAUGGACCCGCGCCUCCUCAGUCAGAGCGGUGAUGCAGACUCUACCAUGGCAACAUAUGCUCCCUCGUCCACUUCAUACUCCGCCUGGGACGAAAGUGCUCAAUCAUUUUACCCCCUCACCUCUUCGCCUUCCAUGGCCGGCACCCCUGCCCCCUACUCUCAGGGCGUGGACUCCUACCUUCCCAGCAUGCAAAUGGAAGGCCGCGAGCAGUCGUGGGACCUGGCUCGUAGUGGACACACCAUCCCCGAGCCAACAGCUGGGGAAUACGAAUUGUGGUGCACCACCGAGCCAUCGCAGUACUAG